AUGGCUUCAAGCACCGUCAACCCGUUCCCAUUGGCAACGGAGGCGGGCGCCACAGACAACAGCGCGGGCUCAGUCAAUGCUGGUGGUCAGGUCGACAAUGCGGCAGGCGCCUCUGGAGGUAGCUUUUCUGGCGCACAGAUCUCUCCAACGGCCAUCAUUGCGAUCAUAGUCGUCGUCUCGGUUGUGGCUGUUCUGGGCAUCGCCAUGGCGGUGCUCUUCUAUUUGACCAAGAAGAAGGAGUGGAAGCUGCGAGAGAAGAUGCGCCGGUCUGCCAGGAAGGUUGUCACGGCACUGACCCCAAGAAGGUCCGAAUUCCCCAAGUCUGUCAAAGAAGGUUCUGGCAAAGCUUCGAGAGGCCGGAUGCGACUAGACGAUGUUCCUCCGACACCUAGGCUGCGACCAGAGGACAUUGAGAAAGGCCUCGCCGUGGACAUUCGCCGAAGCCCCGAUGGACGCAGCAAGAAGAGCACGGCCAAGAAGUGGCCCGGCCGGCGAUGA